AUCAAGGUAAAUGUUCACUAUUUCUUCGAUAACUUUUCACGGAACUAUGAAACUGAUGUUCUAAUUGCGUUGAACGCAUUUAGUUCUCGAUCCCAUCACAUAUCGUACUUCAGAUAUAUUUAUAGCUGACACAGUUGCAUCAGUUUACAUAUAUUGCAAAAAACAUUCCGUUUGCUCCAACGGCAAUAAAAUACAUUCGGCAAUGGAUUGGAACCAAAAUUUCCAUAAAUUCAUAUAAAUCGAUAUUUUUCUUUUCUUUCUUCUACGCUGCUCACUGUACACAAAAGAAUGCGAUCAAACAUUUUCUUCAUGAGUCGGUUCACUUGUGCUAGAGGCACACGUCCAGAGCAAAUCAUUUGCGCCCACAUUUACAAUGGGUGAAAAUAGUAAACAAAACAAUGUUGGUAUUGUUCGGAAAGAGACGACGUAUAUGAACACAAUUACCGUCUAAUUAUUACGAAAAUGCUUUAAGAUACGCAUUGUAUACAUGCUUGAGUUCUGUAUAUGUAGCAUAUUAGAAUAACAACGGAUCCAAAUAACUCCGUACGAUGACUGAAAAAGGAGAAUGAAAGAAAUGGGAAGACUGGAUCACAUUUCGUGAAUGAGCGAAUGAAUUGUUCAUUUGUUCGCGAUUCGACGAUAUUAGUAUUGAUGGUGGUUUUUCCCCUAAAAAAGCAUGUAUAAGUUAAGUCAACACGCAAAUUCAGUUCACAUUAUGAGUAUUCCAAUUAGUUAAAUUAUGCAAAAUGCUUCGGAAGUUUUCUGCUUGAACGCUCAUUCUUUUGCGAAUUGAAAUAGGAUAAAUCUCAUGACACCGUCUACGGUCUCUAACAAUCAGUAUAACUGCUCAUGUGUAUUGUUGCACAAAUUUCAGAAAAUCUCAUUUUCACAAGUGGAUCAUCAUUUUCACAAGGGAACAUAAUUUUGAUUUUUGGUAUCUUCCACAAGCAGAGUUAAUUUGAAUAGAAAGGGAAAAUAAUUUCAACACCUGCUUUGAAUAAUUAUUACCAGGCUUUUCUUGCUAUGGAAAUUAAUGUUAUCGCUUAAUUAUAUCCAAUAUACUGCUUUAAAAAUAUUCAAAAUUUUGAUAACAGUUUCGAAAUUCCAGACUUUUUCGUAAAGCAAACAAAUUGUAUGUUCAAGUUCAUAUACACAAAAGCAUCAAUUCGACUAUUUUUCGGAAGACGCUUCACUGUUUUGUAUGGUAUUAUUUACUCAAUAUUCAGCAGUCUGUAUAAUACAACAAUAAAAUAUGCCAAACAAAGGCAAAAAAUAAACGAUCUAUUUACAUUGUCUGUUUCUUAAUUGUCACUGUACCCAAAACGUUCUUAAUAUACGAAUGUGUUUGUCACUGUUUGAAGAGACGUUCAGCAUUGAACAUCGAAAUUUUGCCUCGUGGCUAAAAAUUUACUUAAGAAAAAAAAAAUUUUGAUCUUGACGACAAAAUAACUUUUCAAAUUGUGAUAAUGCGAUUGAUUCAUCUGUUUGUAGGAAUCAUAAUUUUUACUAUUUUCAUAAUUUAUUGGUUUGUAGUUUUGAGUAUCGAUGUGUUUCAAUACCGCGCGAUGAGAGUAGGAUAUAAAAGAUUUUAUCAAUUGAUGGAUAGCCUGUUCAAUGAAUUUCGAAGUGAAGAAAAUGAUGAAAUGGAAGAAGUGUUUGAAUCACACAUUGAUGAUUAUGACGAAGAUAAUAACAUUCAAAAAUUGAUGUGUUACACAUGGAGUUCAUUGAAUGAUUUAAUUCGUAUUAAUAAUAAUCGUUUGAUAGAUGCAUCAAAGAGAGUGCGUGAUAGUCCAACAAUAUUGAAAGAUCGGCUUGAAAAAGAUUUGCAAAUCACGAAUGCAAUAGUUUACAGUUACAAUAUACGUUUAAAUCUGGCAUUACCUCCAUUUUUGUCAUUAUACCAAAAUCAGCUUAGCGAAAUGCUCGCCACAACAAAUGACAUAAAUAAAGCAUUUCAGUAUUUUAUUGGAGAUGCCAUCAGAAAAAUUGAUCAUGAUCAAUAUGAAUCGUACCAGUCAUCUAGUAUUCGUGUAGCAAAAAUACUACAACAAUUUAAAUCAGUGAUUCAAUCGCAAAACGAGGCACAUCUUGAAUGUGCUUGUGAUACAGCAAAGCAUUUGGACGCGUUGAUUCAAGAUUUCGCGGAAAGACUUUAUUUAUGUGUGAACGCUACAAGUGAACAGUUUUCUAACUACAUAAAAGAAACGAUCACACCCAUGGCAAAUUCGAUGGAAACGACAAUUAGAUCUGUUACUCGUGGUAUGAAAAGAUCUAAAACAUCUGUGGAAGUAUUUUAUCAACUGCCAAUGAAAGUUCUUGGCCAGCUCAAGUUCCAUGAUAAAUCUAUUGCAUGUUCAACAGAGAUCGAAGAUAUCAGACGUUAUUGAACAAUACGUUGCAUGUCAGGAAAAAGAAACACGAAGAGUCUUUAUAGAAACCCGUACAAUUGGCAAUCAAUUGGAGGAAUGUUUGCGGCGUGAAGACAUUGAGCAAUUUUCAUUUGAUAUCUUUUAACCAUAGGCCUAGAAAAUGUUCAUUUUAUAUAAGUUCCUAUGGUGAAUAAAAACAAAACAAUUUUUUUUCUCUAAUAGAGAAAAUUUCGUGCGUGGAAAUACUGAAUAUUCCAUUGGUGCUACUUAUCGAUUCAAGUCCAAUAGUUCUGAGCAUCAAUACUAUAUGGUAAUUGCAAAUGAUAUUUCUUUCCAAAGUUCCAAACAAGCUCCAAAACGCUAAUAGAUGACAUGAACGUCUCAUUUCAAUGGUACAUCAUAAAAGCAUGAUUUGAUAUCUUACGGUAAAUUAUAUAUACAAUGACCAUUGCCUAUAUUGUCGAAGAAUAGCACAUACGUGUUCCAAAAUAUCUUAUUAAAACAUUCCCAGGGGUUACUAUAAAACAAAGUUUGCAGCAAUUUUCUGUCAUCUCUUUGCUAAGCAGAAGAAGUUCCCUCUAUUUCUGUGCUAAUUGCUGUAGGUAAAAAUAAGAGAAUAGAACAGCCAAAUGGUUAAUGAUCAAGCCUUUUCCAAUGAUAUGAUUU